CAGCACUGCACGCACAUGAUGGGAGCUGGAGGAGGGAAUGAUAUUCAGUGGUGUUUUUCUCAGGUGAAAGGAGCAGUCGAUGAUGAUGUAGCAGAAGCAGAUAUAAUUUCUACAGUAGAGUUUAAUCAUUCUGGAGAAUUACUAGCAACAGGAGAUAAAGGUGGGAGAGUUGUCAUCUUUCAACAAGAGCAGGAGAACAAAAUCCAGUCUCAUAGCAGAGGAGAAUACAAUGUUUACAGCACCUUCCAGAGCCAUGAGCCAGAAUUUGACUACUUGAAAAGCUUAGAAAUAGAAGAGAAGAUCAACAAAAUUAGGUGGUUACCCCAGAAAAAUGCUGCCCAGUUUUUAUUGUCUACCAAUGAUAAAACAAUAAAAUUAUGGAAAAUCAGUGAAAGAGACAAAAGACCAGAAGGUUAUAACUUGAAAGAGGAAGAUGGAAGGUAUAGAGAUCCUACUACAGUCACUACCUUACGGGUGCCAGUGUUUAGGCCCAUGGAUCUAAUGGUGGAGGCCAGUCCACGGAGAAUAUUUGCCAAUGCUCAUACCUACCACAUCAACUCAAUUUCUAUCAAUAGUGAUUACGAAACCUACUUAUCAGCGGAUGAUUUGCGGAUUAAUCUCUGGCAUCUGGAAAUUACAGACAGGAGUUUUAAUAUUGUGGAUAUCAAGCCUGCCAAUAUGGAAGAGCUCACAGAGGUGAUUACAGCAGCAGAAUUCCAUCCCAACAGCUGUAACACAUUCGUGUACAGCAGCAGUAAAGGAACUAUUCGAUUAUGUGACAUGAGGGCAUCUGCGCUCUGUGACAGGCAUUCUAAAUUGUUUGAAGAGCCCGAAGAUCCCAGCAACAGGUCAUUUUUUUCUGAAAUCAUCUCCUCUAUUUCUGAUGUAAAAUUCAGCCAUAGUGGUCGCUAUAUGAUGACUAGAGACUAUUUGUCAGUCAAAAUUUGGGACUUGAAUAUGGAAAACAGGCCUGUGGAGACAUACCAGGUACAUGAAUACCUCAGAAGUAAACUUUGUUCUCUGUAUGAAAAUGACUGCAUAUUUGACAAAUUUGAAUGUUGUUGGAAUGGGUCUGACAGUGUUGUCAUGACUGGAUCCUACAAUAAUUUCUUCAGAAUGUUCGACAGGAACACAAAGCGGGAUAUAACUCUAGAGGCAUCACGGGAAAACAAUAAGCCCCGCACGGUUUUGAAGCCACGUAAAGUCUGUGCAAGCGGCAAGCGAAAGAAAGAUGAAAUAAGUGUUGACAGCCUAGACUUCAACAAGAAAAUCCUUCAUACAGCCUGGCACCCCAAGGAGAACAUCAUUGCUGUAGCGACUACAAACAAUCUGUACAUAUUUCAAGACAAAGUGAAUUAGGCUGGCAAUCCUAGCAGAGGAGCCACUUCCUGCUUAGUGAGAUAGUUGAAUCUAGCAUUCAUACCUAUAAGAGAGCGGUCCAUUGUGGCACCCCUUUCCAGUGUUUGACAGUGUGCCAUUCGACAACACAUUUGAUAGCCACAUGGAGAAAGCUGUGUGGAUGCAUCCCGGGCUGUUCUCCAUGUCUGCUAGCCAUUAGGGAAGGGCAGGGCACUUUUAAUUUAAUGACUUCUUGCACCAUCUUGCCUGAUGGACUGGACUGGACUGUGUCAGCAUUGAUGUACUCCACUUUUUAUGCCUUCCAUUGUGAUGACGUCAAACACAGUGAACGCCUUCAGUCAUGCUAUGGGAUUUGUGUAUCCUCAUUACUGUAUCAUUUGUGGGGUACACCCCUCUCUUUUUUAAAUUAAAUACAGCUCAUUCUUACUGUGGCUUGUAGCAUUCCUCCUCUCUGACCUCCUGGACUCUUCCCCUCCAUCUCUUACCCUUGCCCUUUCCACCUGGUCUCGGUGGUGGCAUAUUAAAAAAUGGAAGAACGAAAGCACACAAAAUGAGUCAGUUUGGGGUCAGUGGUAAUGGGGGUAUAUGUUGCGAACAAAUGUUUUAAUAACAGUUGGCUGUAAUCACUCCUUGCCAUGUCUGGCACUGAAAAUAAGGAAAAAAAACCUACUACUGAAUAAAAGUGACAAAGAAUGGAGAA